CAGUCGCAAGGCGAGUUAUAAAUACAUUAGCUGCACUAAGCCGGGUGUAACGCACAAGGACAGGACAGGCUUGAAUCACGUGAUAUUACCACAGGCAACGGGGACGCUACUGACCUGAACUGAAACUGGCUAUGUUGCAGUGAAACGUUGGUGAUCUGCCAAAUGACAUAUCAACGCUGAAACAUGUGGAUUUAUGGAUCAGUUGCGUUUUUAUGCUAUCUGACUGUACAAGGUGAAGAGGAAUGUGAGCCUGGAAAAUAUGGGGAUGCUUGUAGUCAAAAUUGUUCUCAAAACUGUGAACCUUUCCCCAGUAACAUAGUGCUCUGUCACAAAGAAACCGGAGAAUGCUUCGAAGGAUGCAAAGCUGGUGUGUACGGUGACCUGUGUAAUGAACCGUGCAGCAAAAAUUGCCAAGGACACGUCUGUAAUCAGCACAAUGGACAUUGUACACUGGGCUGUAUAGGAAAUCACAUCGGCGACUUCUGUGAGACUUCCCAAGAGAUUACCACCAUGCAUCAAGGUGUGGCACCGACAAGCAGUUCCCAGGUCGUCAUUCCAGUUGUUGUAACAGUACUUGUCCUUAUCCUUGUGGGCGCAGUGGUUAUCUUCAUAUGGUGCAGAAUGAAGAAGGAAAGUCAACGUGACCCCGACGUUGAGGUGGGAUUUCUCCCAGGUAUGUCAAACAUUGAAAAAUAUAAUUAUCUCUUUUCAAAGCUUACAACAUCCAUCAUUGUUCUUGGGUAG